AUGAACAGUGUUUGCUGCCUGGUCCUGGUCGCCCUGAGCCUGUGGCCAGAUAGAGCUGCUGCCCCCGGGCCGCCUCCUGGCCCCCCACGGGCCUCCCCAGACCCUCGGGCUGAGCUGGACAGCGCCGUCCUCCUGACCCGUUCCCUCCUGGCGGACACUAGGCAGCUUGCCGCCCAGCUGAGGGACAAAUUUCCAGCCGACGGAGACCACAACCUGGACUCUCUUCCCACCUUGGCCAUGAGUGCAGGGGCGCUGGGAGCCCUGCAGCUCCCAGGUGUGCUGACACGGCUGCGGGCGGACCUGUUCUCCUACCUGCGCCACGUGCAGUGGCUGCGCCGAGCUGGGGGCCCUUCCUUGCGGACCCUGGAGCCGGAGCUCGGUGCCCUGCAGGCCCGGCUGGACCGCCUGCUGCGCCAGCUGCAGCUCCUGAUGUCCCGCCUGGCCUUACCCCAGGCGCCCCCAGACCCACCAGCUCCCCCACUAGCGCCCCCGGCCUCCGCCUGGGGAGGCAUCAGGGCAGCCCAUGCUAUUCUUGGGGGGCUGCGCCUGACCCUUGACUGGGCUGUGCGGGGCUUGCUGCUGCUGAAGACUCGGCUGUGA